CUAUACUGUGGCAGCCUAUCGCACCCAAGCUUCUGCAUUAGUACUUUGUUGUUAUGCAUUCACGGCAGAUAGACAAAAGAUGCUUUGCUUUCUGUCGUUUGGACCAGGACUACACCAAGGACUUUUCUGGACCAGACAAUUUAAUCCGACCAUAACUGCAUACGAGUUUACUAACGACAACGAUGGAUUUACACCGAUCGACGCAUUUAUUGGGAUAGUGAGGGACUACGAGCAUCAGUAGAUUUGGGUUGUAAUUGUCUUACAUAUUGCUAUAUAAAUUAGAGUUUAUCAUGAUGUCAGGCGUAUCAAUCUUGGCAUUUGUGAUGAUAUCUAUUCUAUCUCAUGGAUAUUAUGUCGGAGCAAGGGUCGAGUCUGCGAGGGAUGAGGUACAUUUUGAGUCCGUAAAUCUGAACGUGGACCUCUCUCGAGUACUCAAGAAAGGGAAUGGACGUUUUUUGUCUGUGGCCAUAGACGCGAGUCUAGUCGCUGAGGAGAAGUUCAUGUACCUUUUAACGUCUCCAAAGCUGAGGACAUUGGCAAAAGCUUUGACCCCAGCAUUUCUGAGAUUUGGAGGGACAAGACAAGAUUUCAUGACCUUCAACCCUAGAUUUAUACAUUCAAAUGAGAAUCACAAAAACUAUGUGUUUGAUGCAGAUGACAUCUGUGAAAGGCUGGAGCUGCCUCCACUACUGGAAAAGAGACUGAAGCAGGAAUGGACUCUACAGGAAAUACUUCUUGACAAGGAGGACUUGCAGAGGAAGUAUAGGAGUGUAAAGUUCACAGAGUAUGCAGUGGAUUUGCUCUACUCUUUUACAAACUGCUCUGGAUUAGACCUCAUCUUCGGGCUCAAUGAGCUGCUCAGGACCUCUGAGAACUCCUGGGACAGCAGCAAUGCCAGGACCCUCCUACAGUACUGUGAAUCUAAACAGUACAGCAUGUCCUGGGAGCUGGGCAAUGAGCCCAACAGCUAUGAGAAGAAGGCAGGGAUCAGGGUGGAUGGAUACCAGCUCGGCCAGGAUUUUGUUCAACUCCGCAAGAUUCUGCGGGAAUCCAAACUUUACCAUAACACUGGACUCUAUGGACCAGACAUUAGCCAGCCCCGGGACCACCGGAGAGACUUACUGGAGGGGUUCUUGGAGAGUGGGGCAGAAGCAAUUGAUGCAUGCACCUGGCACCAUUAUUACGUCAAUGGAAGAGACACGUCUCUAGAAGAUUUCCUAGACCCUGAGGUGCUAAACACUUUGGCCCUAAAAACACAUGAAGUCAUGGAGACCAUUGAGCUGGCGUCCCCUGGGAAGAAGGUGUGGCUUGGAGAGACUAGUUCUGCCUAUGGAGGCGGGGCUAAGGGCCUGUCUGACACAUUUGUCGCUGGAUUCAUGUGGCUGGAUAAACUGGGCCUGGGUGCGAAGCUUGGAUUGGAUGUUGUCAUCAGGCAGGUUUUGAUUGGAUCUGGGACUUACCACCUGGUAGAUGAUAACCUGGAUCCACUUCCUGAUUACUGGCUAUCUGUUCUGUACAAGAGGCUUGUUGGACCAGAGGUGCUGAGUAUAGAAGCAUUUUCCAUUUUGGGAAAGAUGAAAAGAGUACGGGUCUACCUGCACUGCACUAACAAGAAAAGCACAAGCUACAAAAGUGGAGCAGUCACAUUGUUUGCUCUGAACCUGAGUAAGAUACCUGCGAGGAUCGCUGUGCCUGCUAUAGUCUCUAACAGCACUGCAGAGGCCUUUGUUCUACAGUCUGAACAGCCUGGCGAGGAGGGACUCUACUCCAAGUCUGUGAAACUCAACGGAGAGGUAUUAAAGAUGGUGGAUGAAAGAACUCUUCCAUCGCUCCAGGGAACUCCUCUUCCUGCAGGAGAACAUCUCAGACUCCCUGGUUAUUCCUUUGCCUUCUAUGUCCUCAGCGAGGCCCAGGCACUGGCCUGCCGAUGACCCCAACUGGAGAGGAGGACUUGAGAAGAUGGAGGUAAACUCACUGUCUAGACUAAGAGAAGGAAAUACUGUACUUGACUAUUGCACUAAACAGCUGUACAUCUUUGCCAAAGAAUGUAAACCAGGUGAAUGUGGUGAAAGGAUUCAAUCAUCUUUAAAAAUAACUUAAAUCACUUUUCAUCUACAUAUAUUACAUUUUAAUAUUUUUCAACAUGUAUAAAUAGUCAUAAUACCUUGUGAGUUGUGUUUAACAUUUCAGAGGACUCAUAAGGUUUCUGUAUGUCUUGGAAGAAAUUGCUGUUCAGGAAACACUUAAAUGCAAUACCUGUUGUACAUAAAUUAUGUUUCAUAUUUGAUGCCAAAAAUGUUAGACUUAACUCAACUUGUUUACACUCUGCUUACUUGAUUUUCGACUCUGUAAUGUUAAGUAGUUGAAUAGUGCAAUUUUCUAUUUUGGUACACUGGGAUACAACUUUUUUUUGUUGAGAAAAUAAAUGCAGUAAUGAAAUAUGG